CCCUCCCGCCGCCGGCCCCAGCGCCUCGCAGGGACCGUGUCCGUCCUCCGCGCUGGGGAGCUGUGACGAGCGGCGCCGCCGGGGCUUCCCGCGCAGGGCGUGCGAGUCUGUUCACUGAUUCCUGAGGAACAUCUUACUACACGUUCACAAAGAGGUCAUGAUAUGCAAGAAUCCAGAUAAAGACAUGCAGUAAUAUCCAGUAAGGCCCAAAAGACAACUUUUUGUUGGUGGGUAAAACCUGGAUUUUUGUUAGAAAUUCUGAAAGAGUGAUACUAUCAGUAAAGAUGUCAUACUUAGUGAAAGGAGUUAAAUGUUGCAGUCCUGUGAAUCAGAUGCACAAAGUAACAGGAACUCUGUUUAAAGCACACAUAUUAAAAAACAUAUUGGGCAUCAAUGAACAACAAUUAAAAAUUUCACGUACGUCAUCUCAACUUAGUUCUGAAAAGGCAAACACUUAUAAUUAUGUCAUUGUUGGAGCUGGAUCAGCAGGGUGUGUAUUAGCCAACAGGUUGACUGAAGACCCCCUCAGUACUGUACUACUUUUGGAAGCAGGCCCUAAAGAUACGUUUCUAGGUAGUAAAAGGCUGAUGUGGAAGAUUCAUAUGCCUGCUGCAUUAACUUACAACCUCUGUGAUGAGAAGUAUAACUGGUAUUACCACACAACAUCACAAAAGCAUAUGGAUCACCGAAUUAUGUACUGGCCCCGAGGAAGAGUGUGGGGUGGGUCCUCUUCUCUCAAUGCUAUGGUGUAUGUGCGUGGGCAUGCAGAAGAUUAUAAUCAAUGGAGCAGGAAAGGGGCUAGAGGAUGGGACUAUGAACAUUGCUUGCCCUAUUUUAAGAAAGCACAGACACAUGAACUGGGGCCAGAUCAGUAUAGAGGUGGAAAUGGACCCCUGUAUGUGUCAAGAGGGAAAACAAACCAUCCUCUUCAUCAUGCAUUCCUGGAGGCAACCCAGCAAGCUGGGUAUCCCUUCACAGAUGAUAUGAAUGGCUAUCAGCAAGAAGGAUUUGGCUGGAUGGACAUGACUGUACACCAAGGUCAAAGAUGGAGCACAGCUAGUGCUUACCUUCACCCAGCCAUAUCACGCCCAAAUUUGUCAGUUGCAGAGAAGACACUUGUAACAAAAAUCUUGUUUCAAGGAACAAAAUCUAUUGGUGUUGAGUAUGUGAAAAAUGGGCAAAGGAAAAAGGCUUUUGCCAGUAAAGAAGUUAUUUUAAGUGGAGGUGCCAUAAAUUCUCCACAGCUGCUUAUGUUGUCUGGGAUUGGCAAUGCAGAUGAUCUAAAAAAACUGGGGAUCCCUGUUGUUUGCCAUCUUCCUGGAGUAGGCCAGAACCUUCAAGAUCAUUUAGAAGUGUACGUCCAGCAAAAGUGCACCAAACCUAUUACUCUAUAUAAUGCACAAAAGCCAGUUAAUAUGGUGAGGAUUGGUCUAGAAUGGCUUUGGAAGUUUACAGGUGAGGGAGCCACUGCCCACUUAGAAUCUGGUGGGUUUAUUCGAAGUGAACCAGGGGUUCCUCACCCCGACAUUCAGUUCCACUUUCUCCCUUCUCAGGUGAUUGAUCAUGGCCGGGUUGCUUCCACAAUGGAAGCUUACCAGGUCCACGUGGGACCCAUGAGGAGCAUGAGUGUGGGCUGGCUAAAGCUGAAGAGUACAGACCCAAAUGACCAUCCUAUCAUUGAGCCUAACUACAUGUCAACAGAAAGAGAUAUUUGGGAAUUCCGCCAGUGUGUCAAGUUGACCAGAGAGAUCUUUGCUCAGAGAGCUUUUGAAAAAUUUCGCGGGCCUGAAAUUCAACCAGGAAACCAUGUUCAGUCUGACAAAGAAAUAGAUGCUUUCAUAAGGCAGAAGGCUGAUAGUGCUUAUCAUCCUUCCUGCACCUGUAAAAUGGGUCAGCCUUCAGAUAGCACUGCUGUAGUUGAUCCCCAAACAAAAGUAAUUGGAGUUGAAAACUUGAGAGUAGUAGAUGCUUCAAUAAUGCCCAGUGUUGUCAGUGGAAAUUUGAAUGCCCCAACUAUUAUGAUAGCAGAGAAAGCUGCAGAUAUAAUUAAGGGCCUCCCAUCGCUUCAGGAGAAAAAUGUUCCUGUAUAUAAGCCCAAGACCUUGGAAACACAGAGAUAAACAAAUGGUCUCAUCCUUUCACAUCUUUUGCUACUUAGGCUUUCAUCAGCAUGUUGGUAUCUCACACUGAACAUGCCAACAAAAUAAAUACCAUGCAAAGCAACAUAUUCCAUUAAAAUAACAUUGAUUUGAACCAUUCUCUUAUGUUAGACUACCUAUUCAUUUUUUUAAUCAGUUGGCUUAAGCUGCUUAUUUUAGUUAAACAUGACCUUUUGUGGUACAAUUCAAAUUUUUUGUUGAAGAGAAGCUAUUUCUAAAUGACAAGACAGUUGUGCACAUAAGCCAGAAAUACUGUGCAAUUGCAUGAGGAAUGGAAAAGAUUAAUGAGUGUUUUGAAAAUCAUUAUGAUAUGCCUUGUUAUUUAAAGGAAGGAUUUUAACUUCUGUGGGUGUUACCCAGGAUAACAGCUAGUCAGUAAUCCCCACAUCCUGCAAAGAAUGGUUAAGUAAAUGUAAGCAUUUGUGCAGUUUCAUAUUCACAGGCCAAAGUAGUUCGCAUCUAAAUUCAUAGGACAGAGAGAGGAACCUGCGUGUGUUCGGAAUUUGUCAAAUGUGGGUUUUUUUAUAAGAAUGUACAGUUUACAAAUCCUCACUGAAAAUUCACCAUACUUGGUAGCCUUAACUGUAUAUGUACUAUUCAGAAAGAAGACAUGCAUUGUAUUUAUCAGAAACUUAUUUUUCUAAAAAAAAAUGCAGAACAGGAGCUGAUAUUUAUAAAAAUAUACUGGUCUUGCUCCUUGCUUUUUUCGCAAGGAGCUCAGUAGAAUUCACUUCACAUUUUAAGCUGAUUUAGUUGUACCACUUUAUCAGUUAGCACAGUAAGAGGUCUGCACUUCCUAUAACAUCCUUAAAGUUACUGGUCCUUGCUCAAAGAUGCAUGUUUGGAAAAGAUACUUCUCAGCAAAUAUUCUGCACGGUGCCUUACUAUCACUCAAAUUUUAUUAAAAAAAAUUACAGCCAAGAUAGAUUUAAAAUGAAAGGUUACUCAAAAUAACUGCAUAAGGUCAGAUAUUGAUGAUAUAGGAAGAGAUCUUUUUAAAUUAUAAGGCAAGUAACUUAGUGAAUCAAUGCUAUAUUUUAGUUAGGACUUAAAUCUUUGUUUUACUAUAUUCAGAUGUGUAAAGCAAGAUACGUGAUCUUUCAUGGCUCCUUUCUGUGUCAAUCUAACUUUCAGGUACUGAUUUUUAAAAAAAAAAACAAACCUAAAGAAACUGAACUCAUGGAAUGAAAUUGAAUCCAUUGAAUUGUUUGGAUUUAUUAAAUAUUCCAAAAUAACUUCUGACUAAGCAGCUGUUAAGUUAUAAAGUAAAAGCUUCUGUAGCCUAAGAUUGCUCAAGACUUGUGGUAAACAGAAUACUUUUUUUGCAGAAAAAAUGGAAUUUUACACCAUUUGAGCAGAUUGUAAAAAAACUUGCUGACUCAGAUGUUGGCUAGAGGGACAACUGCAGAUGUUUAAGGCAGAUACUUCUACCUGGUGCUGCUGGCUCUAAGGCAGUGGUUGGAAGCCCUGCUGCUAACUGAGGGAAAGGACUUAAUUCAUUAGAGUAUCUGCAUAAAAACAAACAAAAAUACUGAAGAUGGAAGAUGAUAGCAGUGAACUCUGCUCUAAAAGGAGACAGGUAAACCCUUUCUAUGUAUGUAAUGCAUUCUUUUGGAAUGAGAGGAAGAGCAAGAAUAUUUUAAGUCAUAGGUGAUUGAUUAGCUGUGUUAAUAAGACAACUCAUCUGAUGCAACUGUGCGUUUAAGGAAAGCACGAACUGUGGAUGGUGUACAUUUUAUGGCAAAUAAUUUUUAUUCAGCACCUGUGCUUUUGAGAUUUUCAUUUAAAGGUAUUCAGUAGGUAUAUUCAUGUCAUGUGGAAUACAAAGUAUUAGGAUACUCAGAGUAAUAUAUACUGGUGAGACUUACCACAGUCCUAUGCAGUUGAGAGAGGAAGCAAUUUGGAAAGACAGAAUACUGAAGUUCCUGCAUUUGCAGAUUUAUAACAUGGGUUUCCACUCUAGGCAUGCAAGAUGGGAAUUGUUAUUAUGCAACUGCAGAGGAUUAACUAGCCACUGUCUUACAUAACUUAUUACUGAACACGCACAGAGCUAUCCUCUGCCAUUAUGUCAAGCUCUAAAAAGAUGAGGAAAUAGCAAGGUUAGAUGUACAUGCCAAACUGCAUGUGUGUCAUGUUCAGGUACACAUUGCUGCAUUGUGCAAUCAGAUAAUCGGGCAUUUCUGAAACAUUUCUUGCAGUUCUAAACAUACAUGACACCUUCCAGAUUCCUCCCCUCCUAAACACUUAAAUAUUUUCAUUGCUGUGAACCGUAGUUGCUUCAUUAAUUUAGGCCUCACUGCUAUAGAAUGUUGAGGCUCCUUCGUGCCAUUCCUUUGAUACAGUGCUAAAAAAAUGGCUCAGGUAUUUGGAAGUUUUGUUGCCCUGGGGAAAUCUUUAGGUAGCAUCAAGCUACCAUUAGUUUCUCCUGCAUUGUAUCUGGUUGCUGAUAUUGAAUUCCUGUUAAAAUUGUUCUUACUUCUAGCAGAGUCAAUCUGCUAAGGGAUAUUUAGAACAGGUACAAGAUAUUCUAACAUGGUCUGUGGAGCACUGGCAGUCUGCUAGCUAAAAUUAACCAUCUUUUACACCUUACAGGAUUGCUGAAUGCAGGCUGAUAAUUCCAGAGUUUAACUUAUUUAACAAAAUAAUACAGUGUAUAAUUGAAUAUUAUUCCCAGUUCUACCCAAAUAUAAAUUUUCCUAUAAAUGCACAGAUGAUAUUACAUUAUGUAUUCAAAACCAGUUAACUGUAAAAGCUGUUUGAUGUAAGAAUUUGGAAGUUACUAAACCUGCCAGCAUGGCUUGAACCAGCAGCGGUAGUGCGAGUGAGAACACCAGCGUUUCCAUGGUAAUAGCUUGAUGCAGAUGGUUCAGACACAGUUGGAGGUCUGUGGCUGGGGACAAUAAGAUUAAGAAAGAAAAGUAACCAAAAAUGUUUCUUUCAUACACGUUUCAGUUCAAGUUGCCUUAGUAUGAGAAGUGCUGUUAAAAGUAGCAGAAAAUAGCUGUAUAUGUAAAACUACAUUAUAUUUCAUUUAUGUAAAGCCACUCAAGGUUUUGUACACUAGAACUUUUGAUGUUUCUGCAUCUUAAAAUCCUUUCCAAAUGUCUGAUUUCAAUUAGUCUGCAACCAAAUGAGGCAGCUAUAUAUACACUGGAAAACUGGAAAGUGGGCUUGGAACAUGCAUUUUCUAUAAAAUAAAUAUAGAAACAUAUUUUGAGGAAUAAUAAAAGCACUUACACAUUUUUUUUUUUAGUUAUAGUUAAAAUGAAGAGUUAUUGUAGAGAGAACACAAGCAUAUCUUAUCACAGUAUAAUUUUUAGUCUCUGUUCUUCUGUCAUCCAAGCUCCAAAAAAAGACACUGUUCAAAUAGGAACAUAUUUUAUAUAUUCACUUUUUCAGUGAAUUUCCUUUACUGUAAAAGACUUAGCAAUGUUUAAUUCCUUACUAAUGUUUUCUGUCAUUAUAUACAUAUAUAAAUAAAUCUGGAAAAUCAUGAAAUAUGCUUUAAUUGUUCAGAUAACUUCCAGUUUUUCUGUAUUGAGUAAUUACUAUGACUGGCAGUAUAUUAAGGGUGCUAUUUACGGUGUAAUUGUGCAUGCAUUGAUUACUUUUUUCCAUAUACUUCUGUAAUAAAACUGAACAGGUA